GAUUCCUCAAGACUCAACUUCUGUCAUCCCUCCACCGUCCACCACCUGUCAUCCGUCCGUCAUUCCCCGGAGAUGGGGCAGUGUCUCCAGUGACGGUUGGUGGAGGACAAGGUGACCCGGGCAUACAGCUGGCCAAUGCACUGUCUGCCUGCAUAUUGUCAACCCAUCUCCCACACUCUCACCGCCAGUGGGCAGCAACACAACUGGUGGAAUGUAUUGGUGGUCGUGCACGACUGGUUGACAACCACAAUGAAUUACCCGGGCCUGGCACGAGUAGCAGCACAGACUUUACGGGAGCGCUGCCUCACGUGCAGACCACUUACUUAGAAGGCCACACUGCUCGCACCUCAAAUGUCCUCUGGCUUCAAGCAAGGAAUUUACUGGUUACAAGUGGACACGAUAGUUCAGUUCGGACCUGGAAGGUGGGUCAACGUACUAUUGGUCCCCAAGAGCACACAUUAGUGUUUCAGCCAAGUGAAAACACUGGCAACUACCCUGUGAACCUGGCGGCCGUGGAACACUUGGUCACACUUCCCUCAGAGCGAUAUAUUGCUGCCACUUUUGAGAAUGUUCUCAAUAUUUGGUCUUUGAGUGGUGGAAACAUUGGAGCAUGGUCAAGCAACAGCUUAAUCACAUGCCUGGAAGCUGCAGUUCAAGGCUUGUGUGAUUGUAUGUUAGUUGGUCACCAUGAUGGCUCAGUGACACUGGCUGCCAUCACUGCAAGUGGUGUCGUCCCCUCCACCAUCAUGCAUGCUGGCAGACAAGAUGUGUACGUGAGCUGCUUGGCCUGGCAAGACCAAGAUAAGGAAGUGGCUGUCGGUUUCAGCGACGGAAUAGUUCGCGUUUGUUUCAUCAACACAGAUGAUGAUAGUGUAACCCUGCCAGCACAACAA